AUGUCGCCGUUAAAUACCGAACUGCUGUCGGCGGACGGAGAGAAGCUGGUGGAUGAGGAGGUGAAGAGAGCGCUGUACGGGGUGAAGCAGAUGAAGGAGGCCAUGCUGCUAAACCAGCAGAAGCACCAGCACCUCAUGAAGUCUCUGAGACACAGCGGCGACAAGAAGAAGGGGGCAGCACAGCUGGCCAGGGACGUGACGGAGAAGCUGCAGGAGGCGGAGGAGGCCUGCAAACACUCCCUGCAGGCUGAGUGGGAGCAGUGCAGACCCUGUCUGGAGGACGCCUGCAAGAGCUUCUACACCUCCGCCUGCCGCCGCCGCUUCGCCGCUUUCCACGCCAAGGUGGGAGCUUUCUUCCAGAGGAUCUCCGAACGCUUCAGCUCCCGCCAGCUGGCCGCAGAGUCGGGGGACAUCCUGGUGAAUCAGGGGCUCGACAGCACAGACCUGGACGUGGACCGCAUCGAGGACUCCUUCAACCGCCUGCUCCGGAGGGUGAGCUGGCUGGUGGAGCGCAGCGCCGGCCUGGUGUCCAGGAUGAGCAGCAGGCUGGACCGGGCUCUCCAGACAGCCUUCCUGAACCAGACCCGGGCCCCGGCGGCACCGCCCACCUUAGACCCGCUGGACCCCGCCCGGGACUCGGGUUUCAUGCAGGGGGUGGGCCUGGAGGAGGUGCUGGAGUCCUUCUUUGACUUUGGGAAGAGCGUGGUGGAGGAGUUCGGAGCAGUGGUGACCCGGGUGUUCGACGACCUCCAGCAGGCGGCGGAGCAGCAGGACGACAAAGAGAGGGAGAGCGCUCCGCAGGUCCUGCAGGACCGGCAGCUGUGCAGGAGCCUGCGGAGGCAGACGUCGGAGUGCUGGCGGCUGCAGACGCAGUGCCGGGCCUGUCAGGGAACGCUGCUCACAGAGUGUCCCAGUGUUCAGGAGCUGCACGUGGAGCUGGAGGAGGCUUCCCAGCUGCUGGAGGUCUCCAGAGACCAGUACCAGGAAGUCCUGUCCAUCGUCCGGCGGCACGCCGACGACACGGUGGGCUGGCUGAGCGCCGUGGCGUCCGAGCUGAGCUGGCUGGGCCGGGCCGUGAGCGACGGCGGCGCUCCCCAGAACAUCUUCACCGUCACCAAGGUGGCGCUGGACGGCCAGGACGAAGGGGAGGAGCCUGCUGACCGCAGGGUGGAGCUGAACAUCCUGAACUCCCCGCUCAGCCUCACCCUGCCCGGCCAGCUGCAGCCGCUACACCCCGCCUUCAUCCAGCAGCUGGUGCAGGACGCUCUGCUGCAGUACAAGGAGACGGCCAGGUCAGAGGACGAGUAG